CGCCCCCUCGCUCGGCUCUGCCCGGGCGUGGGCAGCUGGCGAGCUAGCGGGCGGUGGGGGCCGGAGGAGAAGCCGGCUCCACGUGCAGCUGCAGUCCCUGUGGUCUCAGAUGACCAGGCACCAAUAGGUACACAAUGCUGCUGCUUUCCUCCUCCCAGUCACUUCCUGCCUUGUGACCACACACCCGGGCUUGACAAAGCUGUUCUGCAGAUCAGAAAGAAGGGGGUUUCUGGUCACACACCAGCACUACCAGGACAGUUUUCUUACAAGAUCUGUUACGUAAAGCAGUAAAAGAUGGCCAGGGGAUCAGUGUCUGACGAGGAAAUGAUGGAGCUCAGGGAAGCUUUUGCCAAAAUUGAUACCGACGGCAAUGGAUACAUCAGCUGCAAUGAGUUGAAUGACUUGUUUAAGGCUGCUUGCCUGCCUUUGCCUGGGUACAGAAUAAGAGAAAUUACACAAAACCUGAUGGCUACAGGUGAUCUGGACCACGAUGGAAGGAUCAGCUUUGAUGAGUUUAUCAAGGUUUUUCAUGGCCUAAAAAGCACAGAUGUUGCCAAGACCUUUAGAAAAGCAAUCAAUAAGAAAGAAGGGAUUUGUGCAAUUGGUGGUACUUCAGAGCAGUCCAGUGUUGGCACCCAACACUCCUAUUCAGAGGAAGAAAAGUAUGCCUUUGUCAACUGGAUAAACAAAGCCUUGGAAAAUGAUCCGGAUUGUCGGCAUGUCAUCCCAAUGGAUCCAAACACAAACGAUCUCUUUAAUGCUGUUGGAGAUGGCAUUGUGCUUUGUAAAAUGAUCAACCUAUCUGUGCCAGACACGAUUGAUGAGAGAACUAUCAACAAGAAGAAACUCACCCCUUUCACCAUUCAGGAAAAUUUGAACUUGGCUCUGAACUCUGCUUCAGCCAUCGGGUGCCAUGUGGUUAACAUAGGAGCUGAGGAUCUAAAGGAGGGGAAGCCUUAUCUAGUCCUGGGACUGUUGUGGCAAGUCAUCAAGAUUGGGCUGUUCGCUGACAUUGAGCUCAGCAGAAAUGAAGCUCUGAUUGCUCUUUUGAGAGAAGGGGAGAGCCUGGAGGAUUUGAUGAAACUCUCCCCUGAAGACCUCCUGCUGAGGUGGGCUAAUUACCACCUGGAAAACGCAGGUUGCAACAAAAUUGGCAACUUCAGUACUGACAUCAAGGACUCAAAAGCGUAUUACCACCUGCUUGAGCAGGUGGCUCCAAAAGGGGAUGAAGAAGGUGUCCCUGCGGUUGUUAUUGACAUGUCAGGACUGAGGGAGAAAGAUGACAUCCAGAGAGCAGAAUGCAUGCUGCAGCAGGCAGAGAGGCUGGGCUGCCGGCAGUUUGUCACAGCCACAGAUGUCGUCCGAGGGAACCCCAAGUUGAACUUGGCUUUCAUUGCUAAUCUCUUUAACAGAUACCCUGCCCUGCACAAACCAGAGAACCAGGACAUUGAUUGGGGGGCUCUUGAAGGUGAGACACGAGAAGAGAGGACGUUUAGGAACUGGAUGAACUCCCUGGGUGUUAACCCUCGAGUCAAUCAUUUGUACAGUGAUCUAUCAGAUGCCCUGGUCAUCUUCCAGCUCUAUGAAAAGAUUAAAGUCCCUGUUGACUGGAACCGAGUAAACAAACCACCAUACCCCAAACUGGGGGGCAAUAUGAAGAAGCUUGAGAAUUGUAACUAUGCAGUGGAACUGGGGAAGAAUCAAGCUAAGUUUUCUCUGGUUGGCAUUGGUGGACAAGAUCUCAAUGAAGGAAACCACACUCUAACCUUGGCCUUGAUAUGGCAACUAAUGAGAAGGUACACACUGAAUAUCCUUGAAGAAAUUGGUGGUGGCCAGAAGGUUAAUGAUGACAUUAUUGUCAACUGGGUGAAUGAAACACUGAAGGAGGCAGAGAAAAGUUCAUCCAUCUCUAGUUUCAAGGACCCAAAGAUUAGCACAAGCCUGCCUGUUCUGGAUCUCAUUGAUGCCAUUCAACCAGGUUCCAUUAACUAUGACCUUCUGAAGACAGAAAACCUGGAUGAUGAAGAGAAACUCAACAAUGCAAAGUAUGCCAUCUCUAUGGCCCGAAAAAUUGGAGCAAGAGUGUAUGCCCUUCCAGAAGACCUGGUUGAAGUGAACCCCAAAAUGGUCAUGACGGUGUUUGCUUGCCUCAUGGGGAAAGGAAUGAAGAGGGUGUGAGCCCAUAGGCUGGGGCAGGAGGCAGCACGUUCACUCCUGACUGCCCAGCCCAGGACACUCUCAGGAAGCACCAGGACAAUUCAGUUAUUCCAGAGUCCAACUUGGUGACAUUUACAAGAUUCCAAAAAGUGCAUACUUGUAUGGCCUAUUAACAAAAAGUGCUUCAUUCUUUGCAGAAGGCCCAAUCUCCUAGAAAUACUUUUUUUUCUUUCUUUUUUGUUUUUAUUGUUGGGGAUUCAUUGAGGGUACAAGAAACCAGGUAACACUGAUUUCUUUUUUUUUUUAUUUUUGAUGUAUUUGCUUCUUGGAAAAUCUAGAGAUAAAAAGAUUUUCCAUGCAUCCUUUCUGCUUUUGCAAUAGUCAAAAAUAGAAGCUGCAGUGUUGUUAAUUUUCACAUAAUCUUUCAAACAGAUUUAAUGUGGCUGCCUUUUUCUUUGGUCGAGGUGAGGACCAGGAGGAGGAAUCUUCAAACCUGCCCUAGUACCUGUUACUGAAGAUUGACAUUUGACCUGUUACAAGCCUGUCUUCCUGUCCCCUUUCCUUAGUCUCUCUCCCUGUGACACUGUCCCCUCACCCUCUCAGAAACGUGCCUUCUCUGUGGCCCACCUCUUCAGGCCCGCCUUGUUUCCAGGCCACUGGAACACCUGACAAACCCUUGAGGCUAUUGAGGUCUCAAGAGUCUCUGGUAACCCAUAAAAGUGAGCCUUAUCAUCAGAGUCUUUCCUUAGAACUGGAGUCCCAAAUUUCAUUAAUCUUUGGCUUUUUAGCCAGCGAGAAUCUUUUUGUUUUUAACCCUAGAAUUUGUGCUCAGACCAGAUCUAACAUCUUGAACACUGUGUUCUCUGGUAGAUGCUUAACUCCUGGGGGAAGGUUGGCUCCAAGGAGGAUGUAAUGCAGCAUCUAACCACUAGGGAGCAGCAUGGAGCUGCAGCAAAGCAUCCUUUAGGGUGCUGCCUCUCCAUGUGCUUAGCUCUGCAGGUUAGAUCUAGUUAUUUUGAUAUGGCUAAAUAUCUGUUGACAUUUGCAAGCAACCCUGAUUUGCUUUCAUUUGCUUUUAGAUCUUACCAUAUCUGAUUGCUGUCAGGCCAUAUUAUCAAUGUUUACUUUUCUGGUACUAUAAAAGCUUUUUGCCUCCCCUAAGCCCCAGGGAGUAAUACGUGCCAAUGAAUAGCAACACCUCCGCCCUCCCCCCACCACAUAUAUCUCAUCAGAUGUCUAGAGUAGAAUGAGUCCAUGCUGGGUAAGAACUGGCCGAGUUGAUUUAUGAGGAGCUAAUUUACUGGACAUUUAAAAGAAUUACAAAACAAAACCAGACAAACGAGGAAUUUGAACAGCUUUGUAGAUUAAGCAGCUUCCACAGAAACCAAUCAAAGGCAAAAAGCAACAGAGCGUUGUGAACCAACACUAGCCUCCCUCUACCAUGCUGGAAGGGUUUAUCACUGUUAUCUUUUUUAGGGAUGGUAUGUAAUGGAACUUAGCCAUUUUUCAAAGCAGUUGAAAUGUAUCACCCUGGAUCUCUUCCUUGGCAAUGGGUUCAGGAAGCCAAUAUGUACUUCUCCCAGCCCAUAACCAGUAUUUUUGCUGCUUCUGAAUGCAAAGUGGUUGGCUUUGACUUUAGUCUGAAAUUAAUUUAGCCUCAGAUGAUUUUUCCCCCAUCUGCCUUCAGGAAGGAAGUAUGUUACUGCCUUAAUGAAAAAUGAGGAUAGAAUAUUAUACUCAAAAGCUUUCCAAAUAAAAUGUUCUAUGUA